GUAAACAAACCGGACUCCUGCAGGGAAAGGGGGACACGUGUGCUGGACUCUUCAGGAUCGCAGAGGAAACGUUCACCGAAUUUUUUCCGCCUGAAUCACGUGACGCUCCCAGCCAAUCAGGAGCCAGAAGGAGGGUCACGUGAGUCAGGGGCUGCUUCCGGGUCUGGUCCUGCAGAAGAAACACAGCUGGAUCUCCAGGAGGACGCGAUGAUCGAUUAGGAUCGAUAUCUGAUCGAUGACCGAGGAUAACCCGCGUGCUGGUGUACCUGCGUGACGUCAUGUCCAAGCAGAGGGGCUCAGCUAAGACCCUGAUCAUCACAGACGACGAGGAGGCGGAUGCAGAGGAGCUGAACCCGUUCUCCUUCAAAGAGUUUCUUCGCUGGAAGAACCAGGACCCAGACGAGGAUGAAGACCAAGACCAGCACGUGGACAAUGAGCGGACACAGAGCAAGUCAGGUGGUUACGAAAGGUUGUUCGAUGUCGGGAACGUGACCUUUGACCCUGAGGUCAGGAGCUGUUUCUUCUCAGAGCCCUCUCUGGCACCGCAGGAUGAGGAUGAGGGGUGGGGGCGGAGCUUCCAGUCAGGUAUAGAAAGCACCUCCUCCCUUUGCACAGAGGAGGAAGAAGACGAUGAGGAGGAGACCAGGUUCUCCUCAAAACCUGAGGUCCAGCUGAAAGGAGGAGGAGAGAACUAUGAAGGAGACGAUGAGACCUCCAUUGCUGAGCCGGCCACCUCCUGCAGGAGGAAGAGCGGGAGGAUCAGUCAGAUACAACAGUUGAAGGAGGAGAACCUGUCUCUGAGGAGGACCAUCAGGGAGCUUCAGAAGAAAUCGGAGGUCAACGACCGCAGGGUGCUGGAGCUGUCAGAGGAGCUGCUCCAGAGGAGGCGUCAGGAGGAGAGGGAGGCUCAGGAUCUGGAGAGCAUGGUUCACUCUGUGGAGCAGAACCUCCACCUGAUGACGAAGCGAGCAGUGAAAGCAGAGAGCAGCGUGUCCAAACUGAAGGUGGAGCUGCAGCAGCUGCAGACGGACGUCGAGUCUCUGCGGUCAGAGAACGACAGUCUGAAGGCAGCAGAGUCCGAAGUCGUCAUGACCAUGAGACACAACGCUCAGGUGGCGUCUGAGUACCUGAACAAGACGGCGACCCACGCCCACUCCUCCAUCCGUCAGCUGUUGGGGGAAGCAGAGACGCUCCACUUGGUCUCUCACCUGCUUCAGUCCAUCGACAAGAUCUCCCACAUCCAGUCAGAGUCCUGAAGUCCCGAGAAUCCCCGCAGACCUCCCCCAGAACCGGGUUUUUGACAGACAUGAGAAGGUGGUUGUCCCUGAAAUGAUGAACUCUGAGGUCAGCAGGUCCCAUAGCGUCUUGAACAUCCUUGAUUCCUUUCCUCGUCUCCUCUCAUGGCAUCCCAGCCCCCCCCCCCCCCCAACCUGAGUUUCUGAGCAGAGGGAGUGAGGAGGCGAAACGAGGAAAGAGGAGUCGAGGUAACAGAUGUAGAUUCAAUCCGACGUUUGGCAGAGCGGCAUCAUCUGUCCGCCUGCUGGAACAGCCCGUCGUUAUAUUUUUGUACAUAUGAAUAUAAAUAAGCUGAAGUGCCAGUUCUCCCUUCGCUCACAUGUUGGCCUGUGGAUCUGCGCGCAUUAUGGGACAGAUAAUAAUCAGUGGAUGGAGGUUCUUCCCUUCUCACAGCAGCUUCUCCAUCACAUCCAACCCUCUGAGAAGUCUUACAGAGAGUCAGAGGAAAGAGAAACAAUGGGGCAAACCAGAAGGGUUAUUGUUAGGACCGAUCUUAUCCUACUUCUUUUCAACCAUUCGCUGCUCAUAAAGAUGGACGACGCAUCUCCACCUCCUCCUGCAAAAGUGAAGCCAAAAUACACCUGCAUCAGGCGCUGACAUGUUGUGCUGGUGAUGUUUUUGGAGUAGAGAUCAGCUGAUGGAGCAUAGUGUUGAGCAAAUGACAAAUUUUACUUACGGAAGUCUGCGUUGAAUCGAGCUUAUGAGAGAUUUGAAUGUAAAAUAUCCGGAUUGAUUACAACCGCCCAAAAGUCUUUGAACUCAUGAAACUUGUAAAAACGACACAAAGAAGAACAACUUUCACCGCGGAGAUCGCUUAAUUACAGCUGAGAUCCAAGUGGAGGCACGCACUUACUGACGUACGCUGUGUCAUCAUCCAGAUGUAGUCUGGUACUCAUUUAACACUAAACAUAAAAAUCACUGCAAAGGUUAGCUUAUGAAAAUGUAAACAAAGCUCUUUAGACAUGUGAGCUGCAGUCUUUAUGUGUGAAGGACCAAGAGGUGAGCUUUAGAGAUGACUCGUAUAAGCAUCAGACUUAAAGGUGACAUAUCACGCUUUUUUCAUCAAUAUAUAUUGAUCUAAGAGGUCCCCAAAACAUGUCUUUAAAGUUUAUGCUCAAAAAAACACUUUUUGGUCUGCCUGAAAAACCCUCUUCUUCAGCCCUCCUCAGAACACUCUGUUUUCUCUCUGACCACGCCCCCUCAGGAAGUGGGUGUGGCCUCGGCUGUCCAGCACGUUGAUCUAAUGUUAACAUGUUGGCUGAAUAUACACGGCUGCUCACAGACCCGCGUUACUUCAACCCUCUGAAUCUGAUCCAGAAUCUGAUCCUGACGGAGAGGCGCCUGCAGCAGGACCUUUCUGAACCAUUGGUCACAGAUUUAGUGUUUCUUGUUGUUUUAUUUGUCAGUAUGUCGACGUGUGUCUCGGUACACAGCUACCAACAUGUAGCUAUGUGGCUAUGCUAACUAGCGCUAGCACUUUUUCAUGAAAACUAAAAAUCAUCCACUAGAUCUUCAAAUCUGCAGACGUGGGGAGUCAAACCGACCUUUGUGUUUAUUAAGACAGCCUACAACUAGCAUGCCUCCCUCCUAAGCUCCUUGUUAGCACACAUGUGUGCAGGGAAUGAAAAACGGAGGAGGGGUUGAGUUGUAUUUUAUACAGUCUAUGGGCUGAACAAGCUCCGAGCUCUGACUUCCUGUUACAGACCGGAUGGCGUUGUGACGUAUGAAAAACACUGAAAACUGAAACGGCUGGUUUCAGCACACAUUUACAGAAAGGUGGAGAAAUCAGAACAGGGGCAGAAUGGAUUCUUUUCAUUCUCGGGGGUUUGUAGACAGGGACACAGAUUUCAGGUAGAGAACCAUUAAAAAGUCCAUUUUGCAUGAUAUGUCACCUUUAAGUUACUGAACAGAAUGAAGGCCUGUAACCAGGGUGUAAAAUGAACACCUGCCAGUGACCGAUGGAAAAUGUUGUAUUGCAUGUGAGGCUUUGUUUUCAUACUUCGCCCAUUUCUGUCGACUGUCAGGCUACUUUGACCCUCGCGGCGCGCUGUACUUGUGUUGUGAUUUGGUACGGGUCGGGAACGGCGUGACGUCAGCUACUGGAGUUCUAUUCAUUCCCUUUUCUUGAUGAAACACGGCGGGAAGAGCGUUUUGAGGAAGAUGUGGCGGCACAUUCCCGGCGUGAAGCCACCGCAAACAAAAAGGAUAAACAAAGAGGCCGGAGACGAUGGAGAAGAGGAACAGACGGCUAACGGAGUUAUGUCACUAUACGACGUUUCAAAGAAAACUGGAAUAUGGACGAGGCUGACCGACCUCGGUCCUGGCUGACUUACGACCUGACAAACCACAACAUGAGCUGCAGCCGCAAACACACGAAGGAUAAACAGAAGCAAAAGUGAUGCUUAAGUUGGAUUUUCAUAAUAAAAGCGUAUGGUAAUUAUUUUAAAUCAAAUAAGGCAUCAUUUUUUUAUUUGGCAGUUACAUUUUUGGAGGUAACUAGCCAAUGGCAGCUGAUUACAAAAGUUAAUUUUACGCCCUGCCUGUCACCUUUGCAACCCGGCUGAGUGAAGACGAACCAAUCGACAGAAAGAACCUGAAUUUACAUUUUCCUCUGCAAAUAUUAACAGUGAGUGAAACAGCUGACUCUAUAAAGCAUAAGGAGGAGGUUUUAAAAACACUACUUACACAUAAACAGGAGGAGAUCAGCAGAAAGAUCAGAGGUACGGCUUUGUCCACAGGGGGCGCCAAAAUCGAAAUACACAAAGUCCCUCACAGGAGCUUUAAUGACUUUAUUAAAUGUAUGUUACCUUAAUAAACGAAGAGAGUUGGAGAGGGAGGGAUGUAAACACACGAAACAAAAUCUGGUUAUUGAGCGUUCACAGUGUAGCAGCCUUACCCGGGACUUCCACCAGAUCCGCAUCCAGUCCGGCUCUGUGCUCUGCCGUCCGUCAACACCCACCGGUUGCGUUUUUGGAACGGAGCAGGACCGCCGGAGAGCUGGAGUCAUGUGACCGAGGUUUUCCCCGCGGUAAUCACUGAAUCAAGGAUUCUCCUCCUCCUCCUCUCCUCAUCCAUGUUGUCUUUCUGGUCCUCUGAAAACCUCUGACCUGUUGACUCCAGGCCUGGCUCCGCUCAUCAUGACUUUGGUUUGUUGUUGUAGUUAAGUGAAAUACGACCUGGUGAUAACACAGAGUGUUUUAUUCUGAAAAUUAACCGGAUGUUUUCAUUUUGUUUUGGUGAAACCUGACUUCCUGUCCCGCUCCAUCUGCUCUGUUGAGAUUGAUGCGUCGUGCUCCGGCAUCCGGCAAGAAUUGAAGUCUUGUGUAUCUGAUCCGGAGGGCUCCGAGCAGCCGGAUCAGAGACGCAGCCGGAAUGCAACAGAGCGGAUCCAGUGGAAGUUAACACAUUGACUAGAAUAGAAACCUAUCAGAUCUGGAACUGUGACGGACCGGAGACAGACCGGACACGGAUCUGGUGAAAUUUGGCUGUUAAAUAAUCGUAAAGUACACACACUGCUGCAGACCUGACCUGCAAUUUCUAAUCCCAUCAGCCGACACAGACAGGUGAGACCAGGAGCAGCUUAAUGCGGUCUAUUUGGGGCCUUCAUGAAUCAAAAACAGAGCCUGUCCCUCCAGCUUGUUAGAAAACUUCACGUCACUCCAAAACGACGGAGAACGGCUCACCAACCAGACGUCUAGUCAUCCGCUCAGAGCUUUGUACUAGAUUUAUAGAUUUCUGCUGAGUCAUGCCUUUUUUUAUCCAUCAUGUGCCAAAAGACAUCCUUGGAAGGAUGCAUAUCUACAUGUCUGUCAGAAGGCCUUAUUUCUCCACACAUUUUAGAAACUGAGACAUUCAUUUCAGAGUCACAGGAAAGGGAGGACGGGGGAGAGAAAGAGGAAGAGCUGAGGGGUGAAAAAUACCGAACAAAGCCUCAUCUGUUCUCUUCUGAGGACUUUUAUUUUGAAGGUGUAUAUAUAGACUCAGGCUGAAGGACUUCCUGCUCCUGAUUGGUUGUAUUUUCUGAAUGACAGACUUGAGAAUGAAGACACAAACACAUCACAGACUGUGUUAACAUUUACUUUGUCAUUGAUUUAAAGCCACAAUAAAUAAAGCAGCUUGUUGUAAUUUUAAA